GUAUAGGAUUUAACACUUAAGAUUUAAUUUAUGUUAGAUAAAUUCCAUCAAAUCUCUUUGGGAGGUUAAACAUAUCUAAUUAGUUAAAAGCUAUACUGGAUGGUAAUCAAUAAAGUUCAAAAAUAUUGAAUAUGAAACCGAAGAUUCAGGGGACUUGAAUAUACUUGAAAUAUCUUGUUAAGAUUUGGCUGGUCAUACUAUAAAAAGAGAGCGAAUGAUGCGAGAAGGAACUUUGUGAAAAGGUCUGCGAGCGUGUGACAAAAGAAAGAGUGAUCGUCACUUCGUGUGAGAGAGAGAGAGAGAGACGAAAGGUGAUCGAGAGAGAGAGAGAGAGUUGAUCGUUACAGAAUGAAUACAAGGGUCGCAAGGAGAGGUGAUCCGGUUCCUUGUUAUAGGGACAUCAGAAAUACCUCAAGGUUUCUGCAGAAUCAGAAUCAAACUUCAACUGCACGUACUGGCAAAGCCGAUAAUGGCGCAAGACCCUCUAAGCCCAAACCCCAUUCAUCGGCAACAGUUUGCAAGUACUGGAUCAAUGGAAAUUGCGCACAUGGCGAUCGUUGUUGGAACUUGCAUUCCUGGUUUCAGGGACAUGCCUUUUCUCCGCUCACUAAGCUCCAUCAACACAAGAAGAUUGUCACCGGAAUUACACUUCCGGUUGGAUCGGACAAACUAUUUUCCAGUAGCACUGAUGGGACAGUUCGCAUAUGGGACUGCCAUACGGGUCAAUGUGUUAAAGUUAUAAAUCUGGGUGCUGAAGCAAGAUGUUUGAUCAGUGCGGGUCCGUGGCUUUUCGCCGGUGUGAGCAAUACUGUUAAAGCUUGGAACAUUGCUGAGCUCACUCUUGACGGACCUAAGGGUCAUGUACUUUCCAUGGCUGUUUGCAACGAUAUACUUUUUGCUGGAGCAAUGGAUGGUGUUAUUUAUGCAUGGAGUGCCAUUUCUGAUGCAAAUGUCCCAUUCAAACCAUUGGCAACGUUAAAUGGCCAUAGCAAAGCUGUUGUUUGCUUAACUGGCGGACCAGGGGACAAGCUCUACUCCGGUUCCAUGGAUCAUACCAUAAAGGUUUGGGACCUCAAGACAUUACAAUGCACGAUGACGUUGAAAGGGCACACUGAUAUAGUGACAUCUCUUAUCUGGUGGGACCGAUAUUUGUUCUCAAGUUCAUUGGACGGCACAGUUAAGCUUUGGACUGUAACUAGAGAAGAAACUUUGGAAGUAGUGUACACGUACCAUGAAGAACAUGGUGUGGUUAGAAUUAAUGGGAUGAUUGAUGCAGAUGGGAAGCCCAUUUUGUUUUGCUCCUGCAACAACCACUCAGUGGGGUUGUAUGAAAUGCCAUCAUUCGGUGCGAGAGGAAGAUUAUUUUCAAAACAAGAGAUUCGAGUAAUAGAAGAAGGCCCUGGUGGACUCUUCUUCACUGGAGACGGAACUGGUUUGCUCACUGUCUGGAAAUGGUUGGCAGAGUCGGAGCCUAAGAUCGCAUCUUCAUGAUUCCCAAUAAUUAUGUAGUUUAAUUUAACCAUAGAGUUUGUGUAUAUAUAUAUAUAUCUUCCUCGUCUUGGACAAGAUCAAUCAUAGCAAGAUUAUUGAUGUGUUUCAAAAUAUUUGUUUGUAACAUUGUAUACAUGUGUUCGAUUCCAAUUAUGAGAUGCCCGUGUGGGGCAUCAACAACUCUUGAUCUAAAGAAUGUAUACAUUCAUUCAUAUUUAUAUUC